AGGGUCCUUCCUUUCCGUUUGGCGGCAGCCAUCAGGUGAGCCGAGAUGGGCGCUUACAAGUACAUCCAGGAGCUGUGGAGGAAGAAGCUGUCGGACGUGAUGCGCUUUCUGCUCAGGGUGCGCUGCUGGCAGUACCGCCAGCUCUCGGCGCUGCACCGGGCUCCGCGCCACACCCGGCCCGACAAGGCGCGCAGGCUGGGCUACAAGGCCAAGCAAGGUUAUGUGAUAUAUCGGGUUCGCGUGCGCGGCGGUGGCCACAAACACCCGGUCCCGAAGGGCGCCACCUACUGCAAGCCUGUCCACCAUGGCGUCAACCAGCUCAAACUUGCCCGGAGCCUUCAGUCUGUUGCCGAGGAGCGAGCGGGACGCCACUGUGUGGCCCUGAGGGUCCUGAAUUCUUACUGGGUGGGUGAAGAUUCUACGUACAAAUUUUUUGAGGUUAUCCUCAUUGAUCCCUUCCAUAAGGCUAUCAGAAGAAACCCUGACACCCAGUGGAUCACCACACGAGUCCACAAGCACAGGGAGAUGCGAGGGCUGACGUCUGCAGGCAGGAAGAGCCGCCGUCUCGGCAAGGGCCACAAGUUCCACCACAGGAUCGGUGGUUCUCGCCGCGCAGCCUGGAGAAGGCGCAAUACUCUCCAGCUCCACCGCUACCGCUAAUAUAAGUAAUGUUUGUAAAAUUCUUACCUAAUAAACAGUUUAGGACAUCCACGUCUGCUUAAAGUUGUUUUUUAAUCUGUCUGUUAAAACUAGUUGUCUGCAGAUUGCUUCACUGAAUGCAUUGUCAAAUUCUGAAAGGUAAAGUGCAAUAAUGUUUGAAGAUUUUAAUUGAUGGUGUAUCUUGUUUCUAAUAAGGGAAAUGCCUUUGUUUUUGCUUUAUUAGGCAGUUGAUAUGUCCGUGUGUAAAAUGCUGUCUGGUAACAACAGGUGUAAAAUUCUGUAAAAGAGGAGCACAGAAACUAGCCGUGUAGAUUUGUUGGUGCAUGUGAUGAAACCUACAGCUUUAUUGGGGUGAGGCAAUGCUCUGCUGGUUUACUCUAAAGUGGCUGUUUUAUGGAGUUUGGCAAGGACAAACUUUAAAUUGGGUUUUCCUUGGAAAUGUGAA